UGCCAUGAUUUAUUGAUCGGGCGGUCGGCGCGCAAAAUGUGUAUUUUGCACAAGUAUCUAUAGUUAGAUAGGUUUUUCUUCCUCUUUAGAAUGUUAACCGUAAUGUGAGAUAAUUUCCUGUAUCAUUUACCAACCAUUAAAUAAGUUAGAGGUUAGGUCAGAAGGUGUUCAUAACAACUUAUUUAACUAUGAAAGAGUGCUACAAGUGAGCUCAGUAUUUCCAAAAUGAGCGGCGAACACCCCAAGUACCUCUACGAAUCAUGGCUCCUUCCAUACAAGCCGGUAGUGCCAAAUACAGUCGCCCCUACAGAUGAUAAUCAUGUAUACCAGUACUACAAUGAAAAGAAUAGGCAGCGAGACAAGAUAAACAGAAGAAUUGUGUCUAAGGAAGAGCUCGAAACGGAUAAGUACUGGUGGGAUUCCAACGGUAAUCCAUAUCUCAAAAGCAGUGAUUAUAGUUAUUCCGUACCCAAGGAUGAAUCCGUGCCUAGCAUCUCUAAAUCCUCUCCCAACACAAACCCAGAGGCCAAAUAUGAUCUGAAUCCCAACAUAGCUUCCUCUUCCAACUUAAAAUCAGCUAUUACAGCUCCGGGUGCUAUUAUAUCAAUGGAUACUAACUCGGCUCUCAAAAUUGAUGUAACACACAAGGCUAACGCUAAUAUUACUCCAGCAGCCAGCUUUAUUCAUCAUGAUGUAGCUCCUGCUUCCAAGUUAAUGUCAGCUAUUUCAAAUCCUCGGGCUAUCCCAUCAACUGAUACUAACUUAGCUCUCAAUACUGAUGCAACACCCAAAGCUAGUCCCAAUAUUACUUCAGCAGCCAGCGCUAUAGCUAAUCCGAACAUAGCUUCCUCUUCCAACUUAACGUCAGCUACUUCAUCUUCUGUGACUAUUUCAUUAAUGGACACUAACUCUGCAACUCCAACUCUCAUAGCUGAUCCAACACCCAAUCCCACCCAGCCUAGUCCUAUUACUCCUGCUGCCAGCUCUAUAUCAGCUACAGAGUCUAACUUAACUGCUGGAGCUGAAUCAUUUGCUAGCACUACUUCAACUACUAGUGAUGUCGCUGCUUUCAGUGCUAACAUUUCCCCAGCUCCUAAAGCUAAUACAACUUCUAUGGCUGUAUCACCUACCACCACCAUCUUGGCUACUAAACUUGAGGACUUAGCUAACACCUCAGUUAGUGGCAUCUCUACUUCCAGUGCUAACAUUCUUCCAGCUUCUAAAGCUAAUCCAGCUUCUAUUACUCCAAAAUCUAGACCUUUGUCAAGGCGCAGGUCAAUUCCAGGUCUCGUUAUUGAUUCUGAUCUGAUGUCUAAAUUAUCUCCUAAGUCUGCCUCAUCUAUAAGCCCUGUCUUAACUUCGACAGCGACAAUUCCAGCUCCCAUUAUUUCAGCUGCUAAUUCAGUUACAGAAGAUACCUCAGCCCCUAUGACUGACUCAUCUAUUAGCUCCGUUUCAGCUGUCAGUAGCAAUGUAACUAGUAAAAUAGCUGUCAAUAUUUUCCCAACUGUUGAGGCUGCAGCUUCUGUGGCUAUCCUACCUACCAGUCAAGGUCCAGCUGCCAGCGAUGCCUUAUCUUCAAUAACUGAACCGCAGGAUCUAAAUGCCCCAACACUUACCACGUAUCUGGCUUCCAUUUCUAAACCACUUUCUUCUAUGCACAUUGGUUCGAAAGCUGUUCCAGCUAAGAAGGCAGUUGCAGCUGCCAGUUUUAUAUCAGCCAGUCUCUCAGCUCAUAAGCCUGACUCUAAUGACACUACCCUGACUUCUACUGCAGAACCAGUUCCUACUGUCUCUCCAGCUUACAUAUUAUCAGCUGCUAAAACUGUCCCAACAUCCGCUACUACUGGUGAUAUCCCAGAUCCGAGUACAAAACCAGCUGGCAGCGAAUCUAUUGAUUGCACUAUUUCGGAUCUCAUUGCUGACAUAUCUAGCAAGGUAGCAUCAACCUCCAGUGAUAUCCUAAUUCCACCCAGUACCAAAGUAGCCCUUAGCGAUUCUUUAGCUACCAGCAUCACAGCUAUCACUACCUCUAAAGGUAGACCAAUUUUAUCUGGCACUACUGCGUCUACUGUCAAUGAUACCCCGAUUCCUAGUGCCAAAACAGCUGGUGAUUCUCCUGCUACCAGCUUCAUCUCAGCCAUUCAUGCUAGCAUUGGCCCCAAGUUCAUAUCAGCUCACAGCAUAGAACCAGAUGACUCCAGCCCAGAUCCCAGCGAAAAAUCCUGCAAAACUGGACCUAAGUUUCAACCCAGGCUAACCAACUAUCAGCGGAAACUUGGGAAGUUGUUCGAGACACCUAUAAGUUCGAGUUCUAUAAGUAAGGCAGAAAAAAUGAUGUUGAAAAUGGGAUGGUCUGGUGGCGCACUCGGCAAGCAAGGCGGAGGUAUCAUAGAGCCAAUAACACCCAAUUUGGAAUAUGUAUACGACCCCAGGCAGGCGGGCGUGCCGUGCUACGUCACGCAGGAAGAGUUCUCGCGGUACACCGGCUUCUGGUGGCAGCCGAAGUCUGACGAUGACGUGUUCAGAAUAGUCUACGAGGAAGUUGACGAGAGCGACGUGAAGAUAUUCAGCUUCCCUUCUUCGCAGAAUAGCAGCGGGGAGGUCGAGGAGUUCAGGUUGGUUGUAAAGACCUUUUAA